CUGCUAUAAAUACUCAACUCCAGAAUCAUCUUUUUCUCACAUAUUAUUGCUAUACCUAACUAUCGUCUCUCAGCACAUAAUAGUUCCUUCCAGAGUCGUCGGAAAAUGGGAUCACGAUAUGAAGUUGAAGUAAAAAUAACAUCAGCCAAAGAUUUGAAGAACAUCAACUGGCGUUAUGGUCCGUUGAAACCCUACGCAGUUGUCUGGGUUGACCCCAAUGCCAAAUGCUCCACUAGAGUGGACGAAGACGGCGACACGUCACCUUAUUGGAACGAAAAACUAAUAGUUCCUUUGAAUUCUCCGAUCGAUGAAUCCAUCUUGUACAUCGACGUUGUUCAUGCUAAAAAUGCUGAAGAGGACACCAAGCCUCUCAUCGGAUCCGCUAAGAUUCGUCUUAGUGAAGUCGUCGAUGAUGUUGGCAUAGGCGGUGAGCUGGAGCGUACGCUCCAGCUCAAACGCCCUUCUGGCCGCCCACAAGGGAAAGUAGAAGUACAGGUCACCGUACGAGAGCCACGCUAUCACGCGCGUGAUGCGUAUUACGCACCUCCCUACGGUGUACCUCCCCGCACACAACCCACGGAGCCCCCGCGUGCUCCUUACAGCGCCGCUGCUCCGCCAUAUAGUGAGGGAGGCUACAGGCAGCCUGCAGCAUAUGGGGCGGUAGGCUAUGGGCAGCCCGCCCCGGGAAGUUACGGGCAGCCAGCAUACGAGGAGAGAGGAUAUGGGCAGCCCGCCCCGGCAAGUUACGGCCAGCCAGCAUACGGGGAGGGAGGCUAUGGGCAGCCCGCCCCCGGAAGUUACGGGCAGCCAUCUGGUUAUGAAGAGGAGAAGAAGAAGAGCAAGUUUGGCAUGGGGACAGGAUUGGCUGUGGGUGCAGUAGCAGGGGCAUUGGGUGGACUAGCGCUGGCAGAGGGUGUUGACCACUUGGAGAACAAAAUCUCCGAUGACGUGGCGGAGAAAGUUGAGGAGGAUCUCGCCGAUGAUGAUGGUGACUACGAUGGAGAUGACUAUUAA